AGUCCCGGUUUGGCAAGCUGCCCAUGGACAGAGUCCCCGACAGGUAGCUAUACCGAGUUUAUAAAAGCUCUCACAAACUCGACUCCGUGCCCGUUUGUGCUAUAAUCUUUUCAGUGACAACUUACAGUGGUGCUCUUAAAUGGGGGCCUAAAACAAAUCGUGUAGUUUUAAACCUUUUUACAACCCUCAAAGAACUGAUUUUCGUCAAGUGAUAAACUACUGGGACCAUUUUUGUGAUAAAAAUCGAAAGUGACAGUCGGGCACUAUGGAUGAUGGAUGGAUCAAAACAGUGGACGAGGUACUAAGGUACUUUGACACUGACCUAGAACGAGGACUUUCCAUUGAUCAAGUCAAAAAGAAUCAAGCAAAAUAUGGACCUAAUGAACUUCCUGCGGAAGAAGGAAAGUCCAUAUGGCAAUUAGUUUUAGAACAGUUUGAUGAUCUACUAGUCAAAAUUUUAUUAUUAGCCGCUAUAAUUUCAUUCGUAUUAGCUUUAUUUGAAGACCACGAUGGCGCUUUUACAGCAUUCGUAGAACCUUUUGUAAUUCUUUUAAUUCUUAUCGCUAACGCAGUCGUAGGUGUAUGGCAGGAAAGAAAUGCCGAAUCAGCAAUUGAAGCCCUUAAAGAAUAUGAACCCGAAAUGGGUAAAGUCGUCAGGACGGACAAAGCUGGUAUCCAGAAAAUCAGAGCGAAAGAAAUCGUUCCUGGUGACGUAGUAGAAGUUUCAGUAGGUGACAAAAUUCCAGCUGAUAUUCGUUUAAUCAAAAUCUACUCGACCACUCUCCGUAUCGAUCAGUCCAUCUUGACCGGUGAGUCCGUUUCUGUGAUCAAGCACACCGACGCCAUCCCCGACCCCAGAGCCGUCAAUCAAGAUAAGAAAAAUAUCCUCUUCUCCGGUACCAACGUCGCUGCCGGUAAGGCUCGCGGUGUAGUUAUUGGAACCGGUCUUAACACGGCCAUUGGUAAAAUCAGAACCGAAAUGUCAGAAACGGAAGAAAUUAAGACCCCGCUCCAACAAAAACUCGACGAAUUCGGCGAACAAUUAUCUAAAGUAAUUUCAGUUAUCUGCGUUGCUGUAUGGGCAAUCAACAUUGGUCACUUCAACGACCCCGCCCACGGUGGAUCAUGGAUCAAAGGUGCCGUCUACUAUUUCAAAAUUGCCGUAGCAUUGGCCGUAGCUGCCAUCCCCGAAGGUCUACCAGCCGUAAUCACCACUUGUCUCGCUUUGGGUACUCGUCGUAUGGCCAAAAAGAACGCUAUCGUAAGGUCGCUACCUUCAGUAGAAACUCUUGGUUGUACUUCCGUUAUCUGUUCUGACAAAACCGGUACUUUGACCACCAACCAAAUGUCCGUAUCACGUAUGUUCAUCUUUGAUAAGGUUGAAGGCAACGACAGCAGUUUCCACGAGUUUGAAAUCACCGGAUCAACCUACGAACCCAUUGGAGAAGUCUUCCUUAAAGGACAAAAAGUUAAAAGCCACGAAUUCGAUUGUCUUCAGGAACUUGGUACCAUUUGUGUAAUGUGCAAUGAUUCCGCCAUUGAUUUCAAUGAAUUCAAACAAGCUUUCGAAAAAGUUGGUGAAGCUACCGAAACUGCUCUAAUCGUAUUGGCUGAAAAAAUGAAUCCCUUCAACAUUAGCAAAACCGGUGAUCGCCGUCAAGUCGCAAUCUGCGUUAGACAAGAAAUCGAAACCAAAUGGAAGAAAGAGUUCACCUUGGAAUUCUCUCGUGACAGGAAAUCUAUGUCUUCCUAUUGUAUACCUACCAAGCCAUCCCGUAUCGGUACAGGACCAAAACUUUUCGUUAAAGGAGCGGCAGAAGGUGUAUUGGAUAGGUGCACACACGCUCGUGUUGGAGCACAGAAAGUACCUCUUACCAGCGCUUUAAAGAAAAAGAUUACAGAUCUUACUGCUCAAUAUGGUUGCGGACGUGAUACUCUACGUUGUUUAGCUCUUGCCACCGCUGACAACCCAAUGAAACCCGAAGAAAUGGACCUUGGAGACUCAAAUAAAUUCUAUACUUAUGAAGUCAACCUUACAUUCGUCGGUGUCGUUGGUAUGUUAGAUCCCCCACGUAAAGAAGUCUUUGAUUCCAUCGUUCAAUGUCGUGCUGCUGGUAUCCGUGUCAUUGUCAUCACUGGUGACAACAAGGCCACGGCCGAAGCUAUCUGCAGACGUAUUGGUAUCUUCACUGAAGAGGAAGAUACAACUGGAAAAUCUUACUCUGGUCGCGAAUUCGAUGAUUUGCCUACUUCCGAACAAAAAGCUGCUUGCGCCAGAGCUAGGUUAUUCUCAAGAGUCGAACCUUCUCACAAGUCAAAGAUCGUUGAGUACUUGCAAUCUAUGAAUGAAAUCUCUGCUAUGACCGGUGAUGGUGUCAAUGACGCUCCUGCUUUGAAGAAGGCUGAAAUCGGUAUUGCUAUGGGUUCUGGAACUGCUGUAGCCAAAUCAGCAUCCGAGAUGGUGUUGGCUGACGACAACUUCUCCUCAAUCGUCGCUGCUGUUGAAGAAGGUCGUGCUAUUUACAACAACAUGAAACAAUUCAUCCGUUACCUCAUUUCUUCCAAUAUCGGUGAAGUUGUUUCCAUCUUCCUAACAGCCGCUCUUGGUCUUCCUGAAGCCUUGAUUCCAGUACAACUCUUGUGGGUCAACUUGGUAACUGACGGUCUCCCAGCUACCGCUCUUGGUUUCAAUCCCCCCGAUUUGGACAUCAUGCAGAAACCACCACGUAAAGCCGAUGAAGGCUUGAUCUCUGGAUGGUUGUUCUUUAGGUAUAUGGCUAUUGGUGGAUACGUAGGAGCUGCUACCGUCGGUGCUGCCGCCUGGUGGUUCAUGUACAGCCCAGAAGGACCACAACUGAACUAUUACCAACUGACACAUCACUUGCAAUGCAUCGGUGGUGGUCCCGAAUUCAAGGGAGUCGACUGUAAGGUAUUUGCUGAUCCUCAUCCUAUGACCAUGGCUUUGUCCGUCUUGGUAACAAUCGAAAUGUUGAAUGCCAUGAACAGUUUAUCUGAAAAUCAGUCCCUCAUCGCUAUGCCUCCAUGGUCCAAUUGGUGGUUGAUUGGUUCAAUGGCUCUUUCGUUCACCCUCCAUUUCGUUAUUUUAUAUAUUGAUGUUCUUUCUGUUGUAUUCCAAGUGUGUCCGUUGACAGUUGAAGAAUGGAUGACGGUGAUGAAAUUCUCAAUUCCAGUAGUAUUACUCGACGAGACUCUGAAGUUCGUCGCUAGAAAAUUCGCAGACGUUGGUGAUGUCGUUAUUGACAGAUGGUAACUUCAGAAAAAUAGCAUCAUGCUUUCUAAACAUUAUUAAAUUACCUUUUAGAAUAAUUUUUAAGACUCCGAUAGCUUAUUAUUUAUACUGUUAUUCUACCGGACAGCUUUUUUUCCGGCUGCCUGUCCCUAAUUUUUAGCUACUAGAGUCGCAGAUUUUAUUUUUUUAAGACUUCUAUCCAAAAGGCUUUACAAUAAUCUGGUUUUUAGUUUGUUCAUCCAUCCGGAGACCUGUGAUUUGGUUUUGAAGGCGCGAUUUUUUAAAUAUAAAGAGGUCAAUGUAUGAAGCACAGGUGCUCAGUCCGUUCAAAAAACAAAAUUGGCUCAAAAGUAGAAAUCUGUGAUUGAUAAGAGCAUCACUGUGAUAGAAAUGUUGAAAUAAUGGUUUAAAAAUAGUAAACCUUCGAGUAACGCCGCAAGCGCCGUCUGACGGUAGUUUCGGAGAUGUCAAAAUCGGCCCGACUAGCACCUGUCUGUCAUACAUAGACUUAAACCGUUCUCUUUUUGAUUUAUUUGACAGUUAAAGUGACAAUUAUUGUGAGUCGCUUUAAUUGUAAAAUGAGAAUUAUAGUUCAAAUGAGGGCGUGUUAUAAAAUGAAAUGUACAUAUAACUAAGAUUAAAUUAAAAAAAAAUUGUUAUUGUUUUUCCCGAAGUGGUAAAACGUUGAAAUAAUAGAACCUUUCGAGACCAGUUCACUUACCGCGAGGAAAAAAGAAAACCGAGAGGAGGAAUUAGCCACCUCAAACCACUUGUCUGAUUGUUUGCGCCACGUUAUUUUUCGUUUAGAUUAGUUCAUUCUUUAGCCACGGGUGUUGCUAAGUGGUUCUCAUUUGUUUAAUCUCACUUUAAUUAUUAAUUUUUACUAUUUUGAUAUAAAUAAUUGGGAUGCCUUCGGGCAAGCGAGUCUUGCCUUUUGUGAAUGACGUUUUUGACAAGACGCAAGCCUUGUAUCAAAUGUGCCGUGGUCGGGGCGAGACUCGUUUUCCAUGGGGCUACCUUCACACGGGUUGAGCUGGUCUUGAUUGCAUGUGUAAAGUUUUGUAAAACAAGAUUAUUUGUGUAAAUAAAGUGACAGUUUUCUGGCUGUCUUUAAGUUUAU